CACUUAAUAAUAUGAGCACUGCAAGUAAAACCCUAUCCACAAGGUGGGAGUAAUGCAUCACUGAGGACGCGAAGUUCCCCCAAACAAAUCAACGAAGAAGAAACGAUAGCGGCAGGGGAAGGCGGCGAAGAAGAAUAAUGACGGGAAUGCUAAACGGAAAAUAGAAGGAACAGAGUCCUGUUAAGUGAACAUUAAAUUAACGCUGUUACCGUGAAAUAUUAACAUCGAACAUAGCUGCAUUACAUUGGUUGAAGUAUGACAGAGCCUCAGUCAGCGCUGUUACUCCGGAGACAGCUUGCAGAGCUGAACAAAAACCCAGUGGAGGGAUUCUCAGCAGGCCUGAUCGAGGAUAGUGAUCUCUACAGAUGGGAAGUCCUUAUCAUUGGGCCUCCAGACACCCUGUAUGAAGGUGGUGUGUUUAAAGCUCAUCUGACCUUUCCCAAAGACUACCCUCUCAGGCCACCUAAAAUGAAAUUUAUCACAGAUAUUUGGCACCCUAACGUUGACAAAAACGGCGAUGUAUGUAUUUCUAUUUUACACGAGCCUGGGGAGGACAAAUAUGGCUACGAGAAACCAGAGGAGCGCUGGCUGCCAAUCCACACUGUGGAAACCAUCAUGAUUAGUGUUAUCUCUAUGCUGGCAGACCCAAACGGUGACUCGCCAGCCAAUGUGGAUGCUGCAAAAGAAUGGCGGGAGGACAGACACGGCGCAUUCAAAAGGAAAGUUGCCCGUUGUGUACGAAAAAGCCAAGAGACUGCGUUUGAGUGAUGCUCAGCACGGCUCUAGCUUCAUGUUUUCAGGGUCUCCAAUUGAAAAUCAACACGGCACUGUUUCCUGCACUCUUCCACCCUGUCGCCAGGCUUGUCCUCCUUUAUUUUGGCAGGAACAGACUGGCUACUGUAGGCUGCAAUAGAAACAUAACAAGGACUACCAAGGCUGACGGAAAAUCGCCAAGCAAGUGCCAACUGAAAAAAGAAAACAAGAAAAAAACCCAGAAGAUGAUAAAAGAUUUUUCAAGGCUAUGAACUGCUUCAACAUUCAGGAAGAUAUUGUAAAGACAUGUAUAUAGCACAGACUAAACCGGAUAAUAUAUACGCUCCCUUUCCAUCCAUCCAGACAUUUAGACCAAAUGAAAUAGCGCGGGUUCAUUUCUUUUUGUCCAUUUUCCUUCUCUCAGCCCCGGCAUGGACUAGUUCUCUUUAGAUUGUUUUCAUAGGAGCCGUUAACACGGAUGCGUUUGGAGGAAUGUCACCUGUGAAGAGCUUGUUCAGUCCCAGCAAGACGUGAAUGAUGUGACUAAGGAAUACACAGCUGUCCUCUGGGUCCUUUAUUGCUCAGCAUCACAGGCAGCUGAAUGAUUUUCUCUCUAUAUUCAGUCUUACACCCCCUCUUUUUUUUUGUGCAUGCUAAAUUUUGUUGGUCUUUUCUUUUCAAAAGUGCCUCCCAAUAAAAAGCUCGGCCACUUCAUCCUGCGUUGAUUAAGUCUUAAAAAUGUCAAAAAACCAGGCAAAUAUAGAAACUACCACCUGUAGUAUGACUGGGACUGUAUACAGCGACUGUAUAAUUCGGUAACAAUUUGGUGUAGCAAUAACCCCCCUAGUUUGGAGUGUACACAUUCAUUGUUGAUACCCUGAUAAAAACGCGUCAUCCUCCUCAGAUAUUGUUUUAUUUUUUAGCAGCGCCUCUCUCCAUCGUCUGUAUCGUCCUCGGUAGGAAUUGUUAUGCAUGCUUUGUUUUAUGGUUUUGUUGGUUUUCUGCUGAAUGUUUCUGGGAUUUUGUUUGUGUGCUUGUGUGUACAGCGUGUACGCCGGUUUUGUUUUGUCGCUCUUUCCUCUCAAAGAUUCAAAUUCAUCAUUACUCUGCUCACUAUUGCAGUUUUGCCUAAUGUAUAAAGACAAAAUACUGAUGUAUAUUUUUCAUGUUAUGAAACUUGUCACCUGUAGUGAGUUCUUCUAAAACAUGACUUUUUUUCAAUAUUUAUCUGCGUUCUUGAGCUUUGCUUGCUCCAGUGUUCACCUGUUUUCACAGCGGCCUGGAAUAUUAAACAGUAUCCACCAA